AUGAGACUCAAACUGCGAGACCAGUUUUAUAAUGCAAGUCAUUUUUCUGACAGUGCAAUCUAUUGCGAUGGAUGUGAUUUGCCGAGAGGAUUGAAGCAUGUGAGAACUGUUCAGAAUUAUAAGAACGGCUUGCUCAUCCGUAAAUUUGUGGGGAAUGAGGAAGUCGAAUAUACAGAUACGCCAUGGUUUCCUUCCAACGAUCAGAAAUUCGAUGUAACUGCCAUUGCUACCGCUUUUGGAUACAAUCGUUUGUUUGCACUACGUCAAUUCAUGUAUCGUUAUCAAGGACCGAUUGUUCUUGUGAUUUAUGCCACAUCGACCCAGGAAGUCCACCUUGUGCGUUACAUUUCAACUCACUUCAUUCCCAAACGUGUUACAAUUCUAUUUUAUCUAGUCAGUCGUUAUCUCAAAUCCAGUACUGUGUUUCCUAUUAAUCGCUUACGAAAUCUUGCUAUACGAAACAUUCGAACCACUCAUUUCUUGAUUCUUGAUAUGGAUCUUCGAUUAUCUUUAAAUACUUAUAAGGAAGUUUUGAGUCUUCCACAAUUCCUUUAUCAAAGCAAUCGCUCUGCUGUUAUUCUCCCCGUGUUUUUCUAUAAAGGCAAACAAAUAUUGGCUCACUGUUCUUCAACCGAAAGUUGCUCUUACUUGUAUGCAAUGUUCAAUCGUUUGUGAAUGGAUCGAAUUGGAUUCAACCAGAAAACAAACUGGAACUGAUCGAGUGUAUCAAUCGAAAGAUUUGCAUAUCUAAUAAGAACAACAUUCGAACUCAUAUGUAUGUAAUGCCAGAAUGGUUUACAACGUCACAAGAAUCGCAUGCAUCUCGAGUUCGCUGUUUUAUCACCAAUUUCAUGGAGCCAUAUUUGAUGGUGAAAUACUCUCCCACACUUCCUCUAUUUGAGGAAAGAUUUGUGAACUAUGGAUAUAACAAAGUGCAGUAUUUUGAGC